AUGGAGAUGGAGCUCUGCUCUGCUCCUUGUUUGGGAAGCUGGUGGGAGGGGAACAGGCCAAGGAGCUAUAUAAGCCGAAAAGGUUCACUUUGUGAGUGCACCACCCCAGAACAGCUCUUCCCCAGCCAAGCGCUGACAGGUAAGAGGCAGGGAACCAAAGAAGUGAUUUCAGGAUUUGCCUGAUCAGUUUAGAUAAAGAAAGAAGGGGGGGGGGAGAGAGAGACUUUCUUUGCUGUUUCAAUCCAGUAUAUUGGUGGCGCCUAGGAGAGCUCAUCACACAAUAAAUGAGUACAUGUGCAAUAAUCCACGCCCAUUGAGCUUAACUGGUGUUUGCUAUUUUACUUCAGUGGGAUGUUCCAUGUACUCUUAGGUCGUGCUCCUGCUGUCUGAUGCACUGCACAUUUACUUGGAAGUAAGUCAGUCUGAACUCAGUGGAGUUUAAUCCUAAGUAACUGUGCUGCAAUUCUAAGGAAACAUUCUUGGAUGUGGGACUUAUUUCUGAGUAAACAAGCACUGGAUUGUGCUGUUUGUCCUGAUCCAAUUAAGUAUUUAUUUUUAUGAGAGGAUUUAAGCACAUGCCUUACUCUUCCAGUGAAAUUGGUGGGGCUUAAAGAAGGAUACUAUAAUUUUGCCUCGAUUGUGCCAUUGUCUUAUUCUCUGACCCUCACUUUUGCAUUUCCAUUUCUAAGAUGAAGCUGGUAUGAUGUUUAUAAGCAAUGUCAUUUAUAGCUAAGCCUCUGUAAGCCUUUCUGCCAGAGUAUUUAUUUCUCCUGCUGCAUUGCUCUUCAAGCACCAUCCUUGCUGGGAAAGGGUCUCUCUCUCUCUCUCUCUCUCUCUCUCUCUCUCUCUCUCUCUCUCUCUCUCUGUUAUGAUUCAGAUUUGUUCCCAGUGUGUUCUUGCUCUUUAGAAGCUGUGUGGAUAUUAGGCUUUGCAUGAAUCUGUACAUUGUGAACCUGAAAGGGAUUUCCCACUUCAGGUUUUUGACAGCUUCUUUUCACACCCUCACUGGGAUUCUCAAGCUUGGAAUGAACUGGUGGAUUGAGACCUAAUUGAAUGUGUGUGUGUGCACAUUUUCACAUGGAACCCCUUCGGUUGUUUUGCCAAAUGGAAAUCAUAUGCAUUCACUUCUAGUCAUGGCCUUAAGUUCGGAGCAAGAGGAGAUAUGUAGCAGAAACUUGUGUUUUGCUUAUGUUGUGGUGUAAAGUGCCAUUUAUAUACAUUGAUAGUGCUGCAUAAAUAAAAUUACUAUUACUACUUCACGUGCUGCUAUUACUCCUAAGUAGUGCCUAGAGGAAAUUACUUAGAUGCAAGCAUAAAAGCACAAAAUUAAAACUCUAGUGAGUCAUAACUUCACUCUGUCCCUUGUUCUGUGUAAGUGUUGAUGUUAACUAACAAGGGUAAAUUAAAUUAUAGAAUGUAAAUGCUGCAGAAAAGCAUAAUCCAGGGUGGCUAGAUGCAAAAGAGGACAUGGUUCUGCAAGUUGCAUAGAAGUGGGAUAUUCAACAGGUGUGGCUUGUCAUGCAAUAAACAACUGUUGAAAUCCUAUCUUCUUUCUGUUCUUUGUCCCAUUUUGCAUCUUAUUCUCCUAAUAAUAGCUGCAGCCUAGGUUCUCAUGGAUGCCCUGUACCCAGUUGGGGCUUGUGGGUAGUCCAAUGCUCGUAUGUAGACCUGUGCCAGUGGAGGGUACAUGCACUAGAAUCCCUCCAGUCACACUGGCUCUGAGCAUGGUCCUCUCCAUGCCUCAAACACAUAGCUAUCCAAACUGGAGUGGCCAACAUUUGUUGACAUACCACAAUAUUUACUGUAGCAUUUCCUCAGUAUACAGUUGCCAUUCUUCUCAUGUAUAUAAUGUACUUGCUGAACUCUGCCUAUGAUAAUAUAUUUGGACAUUUAAUUAUUAGAACACACACACACACCACUCACUCACUGGGGAAAGCCCAUUUUUUGCUUUUCCUGCAUGGGUUUUUUUGUCAGUGUCUGACACCCCCACACCUGAGCUUUGCCUGCAUUGAGGCUGCAGGUCAUCAGGACAGGCCAGCUGCUUGUGCCCUUUCCACCUGCAGUCCAGUGCUUGUAUGUGAGGAGGGGCCAGUGGAGAAAAGAGCGCAAAGCCCAGGGCCUUCUCCAUCGUGACACCGUCCCUGCAGAAUUCCCUUCCGAAAGAGCUUCAUAUGGCCCACUCCUUCCAUGGUUUUCUAGAGGGCAACUCUUCUCUUUAUAGCCCAGUCUAGCACCUGCAAGGGACAGCGAUAGUAAAUCUUCACUCAGAGUUGUGUUGUUUAAAUUCUCCUUGUGUUGAUUUCUGUCAUUUCAACUUAUAAUUACUAUAGAUAUUUACUUGCACAGCUUUGUGAGCCUGUUUGUUUGGAAAGUGGGAAAAAAUAGAAGGAUCCUCCUCCUCCUCCUAAUAUCUAAAUAAGCAAUAAUCUGCAGACAGUAUAUUUCAAUGAGAUUUGCCUUUCCUGUAGCAUACCUGGUAUGCUGGGAUGCCUUUUAGCUCUGUCCAGAAGCAAGAAUUAGCAGACAAUUGCACAUCUUAGGACAGUUUUCCCCAAAGUGCUACUGCCCUCCAGAUGAUGUUGGAAUACAAAUCCCAUCAGCCCCACUUAGCAUCACCAAUGGUCAGGGAUGAUGGGAGUUGUAGUCCACCAGCAGCUGGAGAGUACCAGGUUAGGGAAGGCAGCCUCAGGCUGCAAUCCUGGUCACGCUUUUGCUGGCAGGCAGUCCCUUUGAACUCAGCAGGGCUUACUUCUCAAUAGACAUCCAUAGGAUUAAACUAUUAAAAGACAAUCCUAUGUAUAAACUCCAUUAGAUGUACUGGGGUUUAUUUUCUUAGCAAACAUGCAUAGGAUUGCUCAUGAGAGAUGCACAUAAUGGGUUUGUUGCAGGUUUCUGGGUUACAUUAGCAGCUGCAGUUAUCACCUUAGCACUCUGGAGCAUCCCAGGGGCCUUAGAGCACUGCUUGCUUCUCUGUCACUAGAAGACACAUGUUAAAAUCUGCUUGAAUUUAUCCUAGUUACUAAAUAUGGUUUUCAUUUAGAGUUCACCCUGCUCAGGCAGAAAUGUAGCAUUCCGCCUCCCCCCCUCCCUCUUAGGAUUUUUGGCUCAGUUGGCUUGAGUUUGAGCAAACCACCCUUGACCUCUCCAGCUCUGUUCCAAAAACAGACAUUUGAAAGACUUUGUUUCCUAAUUAGGAAAUCGUUUGUUCCAAACAGGCUAGCUAGAGGCACUCAAGUUAGGUAAGGUUUCCUCUGUGCUUUGGAGUAAAAUGCUCAAGUAUAUAUAGCCACUAGCUCCCCAAAAUAUGUGCUAUUAAACAUUUCUUUUCAGUAAAACUAAAUAUAAAAAGUCUUCUUCUACUUGUUGUUUUAAAUUUAAGGUUUAAUUCCCACCCCCUCCCUGAGCGUUUCAGAAGAACUAUAUUAUACCCUCAUCCACUUUUUAUGUGAAGUAACCUGGACAAAGAGUGAUUUGACACAUCACGUUCCUUGAGGUGAUGUGUCGAAGAUGUGUCAAAUGCAAAAUGUAAAUGUGACAGAUAUAGAUUUGCAAAUGUGGGUUUAUUACCACCCAGGGAAGAGCUAAGGUUAGCAGGAGCUCUUUGCUGAGCUCACUCAUUUUGGGACAACCCCAGGUUUCCCCUGUGUGAUGUGUAUAGAAGUGGCCUCUCUCUAUAUUUAUAUUUUGGUAUAAACAUUUCCUUAAAGAUCUCUUAUCCCAGGUUGAGAAGGCAUUUGAAUUCGGUUCCCUCUCACACCCAAAGCAAAGGCUCACUGGCUCACAAAGCAUUUCCUUUGAACACUGCCUCACAGUUCCCAUUCCUGAGUCCCAGGGUGUGUUCUGAGGGCACCAUCUUGUAUGUUUGGGACUGGAUGGGAGGCCACCUGAGAAUCCCAAAUGCUUCACCUUGAGUUCCACAUUGGAAGAAAAUGAACUAAAUAUUAGUGACAGCAGAUACCAAUGGAAAGGCACAGGAAAUGCCAUUCUUUGUUUCUAAGAGGCAUUUAGAGCCUAUGCUCUUUGUAUUCAUGCUAGACAUCUCAUUUUUACCUUCACCAGUUUGAGCUUUCAUGCUGCUGCUCUCAUGAUGAGAACAUCAAGUGCUUCUAGUUUCUUAAUUAAGGCCUGCAGUGCUUGAUCUUAUCUGCCUUGUUAAAAUCCAGCACCGCAGGCCUUAAUUAAGAAACCGGAUAACAGUAUUAGGUUGGGUUAAGUUACACUUGAGUUUCCUCAUGACUAGCAGAACUGCUUGUACCCUGUACUAAAUCAAACUGAAAUCUCGCAUCCAAACCCUACACACACAUACACACACACACACACACACACCCCUUCUGAAACCCUUGGAGAAAUGAUGGGAUAAAAAUUUAAGUAAGAAUUAUAUUGUCACUAUUACGAUAAGAAACAUUUGCUUUUUAAGAAAAGUAAGCUCAGAUUCUUAGGAGGGUGAAUUCUGUACCUAACAGCCACAUUCUGUCGCUUUAUCUUCACUCCCACUGCAUCAUGGGGGAGCGGGGGGUAAAAUAGUAAAGGUAAAGGACCCCUGGAUGGUUAAGUCCAGUCAAAGGCGACUAUGGGGUUGUGGCACUCAUCUCGCUUCAAGCCGAGGGACCCGGCGUUUGUCCACAGACAGCUUUCCGGGUCAUGUGGCCAGCAUGACUAAACCGCUUCUGGCUCAGUGGGCAGAGGCGUACGAAGUAGGGGCGGAAGGGACGGGUGACCCUGGGUACCACUCUGGGUGUGUGUGACAAGAUGGUCCCUGCCUCCCCCCAGCUGUAGAGUGGCUGAGGGUGCACACAGUCAGUCAGUAUGGGUGCCACUCACACAGCAUCUUCUCUGACAUCCUCCUCCAUCAAGGAUGGAGAUGGUAGCAGAGAGGAUUAGAGUAUCUCCCUCCUUCUCACCCCUUUGUCAUCCAGAAGCAUUGCAGGGCAGAAGAGUGUUGGCCAUUGGGGCUACUUUCAAGGCAAUUACAAUGGCAGUGGCCCUUUGGAAGCCCACAAGUCCCAAAGGCCACCACUUUUUAAGUCAUGAAUUGCUGCUCUGCUACAUGUCAGGACAAUUGAGAGAGGUGACAGGGAUUCCCCUUUUGCUACUUUUACAAAGUUUCUUCUAAUUGGAGCCAGACCCCAUUAACUCUCGAAGCUAGCCUUCCCCUGCCCCCAACCACCACCACCGCUCCUGGGAAUGUUUUCUGUUAUUAAAUUGAUACUUCCAUGUUCUAUUUAUAGGUCUGUACUUGUGUGGAAGGUCUGAGAAAGUUGCUAUAGAAGAUGUGUGAGGAAGAGGACAGCACCGCACUGGUUUGUGACAAUGGCUCAGGACUGUGUAAGGCUGGCUUUGCUGGGGAUGAUGCUCCGAGAGCAGUUUUUCCAUCCAUUGUGGGACGUCCAAGGCACCAGGUGAAUAACUGGCUCAGCGACUGAAACACUGAUUGGUACAGAAGCCAAAGGAUUCAUUAGCAAUAAUAACAUGGACCUCAAAAGGAAGAGUUUUGUUUCCCCCACACACUCCCUUUACAAUGCCACAGUCCUUAUCCAAUUUCUUUUAGAUCAUUCCUGUUGAUGUCAAUAGAGUUUUGCCAUGUAGCAUGUUGUGGUCCGAUUUAAAAUGCAGUUUAAACUCUUGAGCAGCCAUAUUGGAAGAGAGUAAACUUUCACCAGAGGCUGGCAACCCUAUUUCCUCAGCCAAUUUCUCUAAUUUGGAAAAAUGUGCAUUCAACAGUGCUUUUUGGUUUUGCGUUUGCUGAGGUAGAAUGGGAGAAUGAUCAGCAAGUAGAAUUGACUAAUAAAAUUGACUAAUCGGUUGACUGAUUUAGAACAUCUUGUAGGUUGGUAGACUAACCAUAGAUUGCUAUAGAGAUGAGUUUUAAGAAAGUCGGGGGGUGACAAAUAUCAAGUAAUCAUAGCAAAUCAAAUAUCACUAGUCAGAUACCUCUUACUAAGGGCCCCUCAGGAUGUCAUUUUUAUUGCACAUUCAUGAUGAUUUGUGCUCAUGAUUUUAUCAGGGCAAUAAUAUAAAGUCCUGCUUUUAAUACUGUUUGUAGCUUUACAUGCUUUGGGGUAGCCACACUUCUUCCUUUUCAGUCAGUGUAUAUCCCACAACUUCCUGCUGAUAUCUAGUAACUUUUUAUACCACAAAUGUUCUGGUUUCUUUUGUUUCACUUCGGUUCCGCUAUAGCCUCUCCAGACAGCAAUAAUGUGAUAGCACUGGGGAAGCAUCACAGAACAAGCUAAACCAGCUAAUCAGUAAUGCACUUUCAAUAGCCAUGUCAUUAAACUUCAGAUUCACAGCCUAAAAUGAUCCUGAAACUGUUGAGAUAUCCAUAAGCUAUAGACCUGAGUUGGGAGGCCCUUGUGUGUCCAGUCUCUGCAUGUCAGAUCAAUGGAACUGUGGCUUGUAUCAAAUAAUUAUUGUGACCCAACAAGAAUGGAAAAUGCACGUAUUCAAGUCCAUCAAGAUAGCUAUUGUAACACACUUCUAAAAAAUGACUCUUUUUAUUCCCCGGUUAAAGCUGCAAUACUAUUUAUCUGGAAGCAAAUCCAACUGAAAUACCUGAGGCUUACUUCCAAGUAAACAUGGCUGAGGAUCAGGCUGUAAAUGUGAGCCAUGGAAGUGGAGCACUUGAGAAGAGUGUGCUGUCCAAUAUUUGCCACUAGAUGGCUGUUCACUCAUAUUUAUAGCAUGUACCAGGAGUAAAGAUGGCCAUCAACCUGGAUGACUUCAAAAGAAGAUUAGACCAAUUCAUGGAGGAUAAGGCUACCAGUAGCUGCUAGCCACAAUGCCUAUGUUCUACCUCUACUGUCAGAGGUGGUAUGUCCCUGAAUACUGGUUGCUGAAAAUCACAAGAGGGAAGAGUGCUGUUAAGCUUGGGUCCUGCUUAUAGGCUUCCCAUAGAUAUCUUGUUCGCCACAGUGAGAACAAGAUGCAGAACUAGAGGGGCAUAUUCUUUGCAUGCAGAAGGUCCAGUCUCUGGAUGCAAGGGUUUGAGGAAGCACUAUUAUUGGGUCAGAUCCCUGCCCAAGACUCUGGCAAGCUGCACUCCAUCUGUGUAGGUGAUGCUGAGCCAAAGGGACCAAUGAUCUGAGCCAAAAUAAAACAGCUUUCCUAUGUUUCUAUUCCAUUGGCCACUUUUUCCUAUUACGUUUGUUAUAGUUAUGCUCCGUGAGGAAACAAUGAAGGCUGUUUCCUCAACCUUUUAUUUAAAAGUAAGAUAGAAGGUAUGGGUCAUCUUGUUUGCUUUGUUUCAUUUCUUUCUUAUGAGCCUGUUGUCAUCGUCACCUUUUCUCCCUCUCUUACUUAGGGUGUGAUGGUAGGGAUGGGCCAGAAAGAUAGCUAUGUAGGAGACGAAGCCCAAAGCAAGAGAGGGAUCCUGACCUUGAAAUAUCCAAUAGAGCAUGGAAUCAUCACAAACUGGGAUGAUAUGGAGAAGGUAUUUAAACCACAAAUUAAAAUAGAAUAUAAUGUAAAAUGAAUGAUAAGCAGAAGCAGGGAUUUUUACUGUCUUUUUUUCGGAGGGGGGUGGAAGGUUGUGUUUUGCCUGUGUCUUUUUGGUGAGAACAAUCUGCAUAUCUUCUGUUACUGGGAUUUUAAUUUUUUCCCCAAUAAGUUCAUGGUGUUUGGUGUUCCAGUAAGGACUUCACAAGAAUGCAUAUUUGCUGCUAUGAUUUGGAACUACAUAAAGACUAAUUAAGAAGUCACAGAAAGAAAAUGCAAUUAACAAGUUCUGGAAAGUGGUGGCUAGGGCUUCCUUUAUCUGGAGUGGGCGUGGGUGCUUCUCCACCACUGCUGGUAAUGUAUACAUCUUCUGCCCAUGGAGGUUAUCCUUACUCACAUUGUGCUUAUUGGGAGCUGUUUCUCCUCAUUGCUCUCAGUCAUUGCAGCUGCAAUGAAUAUUGCAUUCACAUAGGUGACACCACCCCCUCUCAUAGUUCUGAAUCAGACAUUGCUAGUUUGGGAUGGAAUUAUGCAGUCCACUUAGCCACAUGGGCAGAAGAUAUAGAUCAAGAGUGGGCAGAGGAGUAGAUUGGGAUUUGCAAUGGUUUGAAAAUUGUGACGAUUAAAGUGUUUUCCCCACCUCCUGUAUUAGGCUGCUGAAAGCUUGGGGGGGGGGGUAGGAUUAUUUGUGUGAGAACAGAUUUGUGUGCAAGCUCCAGUUUUGUUACUGAAAGCAUGUGCCUGUGGCGUUUGUACAGAGCCCCCAGUCGUUUCACGGACUAUUGACCUGUACACCACUGCUUUAUUCUUCUGCUGCCACCAACCAGGUUUCUUCUGGUGAAAUACUGAGUCUCAGUCAGGUUGUAAAGUCAACAUGAAGAUUAAAGUUUAUUGAAGAACAAACAAGUUUUAAAUAUGUUCAGAACAGUUUCUCAAAUGCGCGCCCUUAACUAGAUGUGGCACUAUCUCACACUGUCACACUUCUCUCUCAGUUCUAUCCCUGUCUCUCUCUGUCACAACCGCUAUAUUCAUCUUUUACUCGAUCUGUCUGACUCUGACUCUCCUAUCUUCCAAUGGUAAAGCCCCUGGGCUGAGCCUCAAAAACAGAUAGGCUCCACCUCUGAGCUUUCUCACUGGUCAAUCUACAUUAACCAUUCCCAUCCCCCUGUACAAACAUAAUCACAAGGAAUGGGCAAAUGCCACAGUGCUCAGGAACACUUCAGUCCACAAUGCUAUGUCUGCCUUCUUGAGCCAUGAGGGUCCAGUAAAUUAUCCAAGCCUAAAAUCUGCCUACCCUUGAUGUAGAAGAGGUUACCUGGGCUGACAUGGAUGAAACUAUGGAGAUAUAGCACUUGCAGUCUAAAACAUUCAGUUCUAAUGUCUCAUAAGUGUUCUGUAGCUACUGGAGGUUCAGAAAUAUUGUCAAGGUGGGUUGGUGGCCUGUGGCUGUUUAUUAUAAUAUUAUAAUAAAAAUUCACUUUGCUUUUUAUUAAUACAGAUUUGGCACCACUCUUUCUACAAUGAGCUGCGCGUUGCCCCCGAAGAACAUCCAACUCUGCUUACAGAAGCACCUUUGAACCCCAAAGCUAACCGAGAGAAAAUGACACAGGUAAACAGCCUCUUCUUAGCAUUAAGGUCCUUGAAUUACUAUAUAUUUAUGUAUUUCUCCGUUAAAGUUCUAUACGGUGUAGAUGCCAGCUGUAUUUCUGAUUGUUGAUGUGGGUUAUACACUGGUUUUGGUGGUUCUUUCUUCUGAGUUUGUAGGUGACCUUUAUCUGUAUUGGACUCUGUACUUCAGGACAAUAAAAGGAUUAACUCUUACUUUUCAUUGAAUGGUUGGGAUUUCAGUUCAUGUUGUUAAUAUUUCAUGGCACCACAUAUAUAUUGGUGUGAAACCCAUUUCAACUACCCUGGUUUCCUGAGAAUUGUAAUUUUCUGAGGAAUGGAAGUGACUAUUAAUCCUGCUUAGGUUUGUAAACAUCCCCUAGCUGCAUAGUACUGAUUUUUAUUUCCUUAGAAAAGAUGUCAUGUUAUACAUUAACCCUCUCUAAAUUAAUGGAAACUUCUGUUGUUAGUCAUGAGUUCUAUUGAUCCAGUUAGUGGAACCUGCUGUAUUUGCAGGUUCUGGAUGCAUUGAUUAGGAUUGUGGAAAUCAUUUAAAUUAUGUGCUGUUGGUAAUUAAUGGUUACGACCCUAUUGCACAGAGUAACAAAGACAAUAGCACAAACCCGAUACUUUCAUUUUGUUUGUUUGUGUUUAAUUACUUUUCAGAUUAUGUUUGAGACUUUCAACGUCCCAGCUAUGUAUGUUGCUAUUCAGGCAGUUUUGUCCCUCUAUGCUUCUGGGCGUACAACAGGUAAGAAAGUGAUGGGAGUUUUUGGAUUUGUGAAAAGGAAGAAGAGUACAUAGAUAUCAGGAUAAAUUCUGCCCGUUUUGUGUUGUAUCUAGGGAUUGUGCUUGAUUCUGGGGAUGGUGUCACCCACAAUGUGCCAAUCUAUGAAGGCUAUGCACUGCCUCAUGCCAUCAUGCGCCUGGACUUAGCCGGCCGUGACCUUACCGACUACCUCAUGAAAAUCCUGACAGAACGUGGCUACUCAUUCGUUACUACUGGUAAGAGAAAUACUUAGGAUUGAGAUUCGCUGAACAUACUUUUAGGAGCUUUACAGACACGUGGUUGCUUUCAGUAAUGGUGAACAAGUUUUUCUAUUAACACAUCUUGCCUAGCACUAUGUCUCCUGACCCCCUGGAUGUGAUGUGGAGACAGAUGGGCGGCGGGUGAAAGCCCUAUUCUGCUAGUGCUGGCUCCCGCUAGUUCAAUCUGGCCCAAAAUGUUUUGCAAAUUCGUAACAUUUGGGGGCUUCCUGCUGGGAUGUGUAUUUAUUUAUUUUGAACACAGAAAUUUGCAAUUUUAAAAGCAAAGCAAGAGUCCUGUUUCAUUAUCAUGAAUAAUACUGAACUAAAGAUAAGCAAUGCAGUUCCUUUCUUUGAUUGCCAAAAUUCUUUGGCAAUCACUCGUAGCCGAGUAAGAUCAAUCAAUCAUUCUUUGAUUGCUGAAAUAGUGUGAUUUACACAGUACUGUUUGUAAUUUAAACACAAAUCUUUGCUUUGAAUCCCAUCUGCAGCUGAACGUGAAAUUGUCCGUGACAUCAAGGAGAAGCUUUGCUAUGUUGCCCUGGACUUUGAAAAUGAGAUGGCCACGGCUGCUUCUUCAUCAUCCUUGGAAAAAAGCUAUGAGCUGCCUGAUGGUCAGGUGAUCACAAUAGGGAACGAACGUUUCCGCUGCCCAGAGACACUCUUCCAGCCCUCUUUCAUUGGUAAGAUAACUUGCACUGUUUAUUGGCCAAUUAUAUUAUUAUACACCUGCAAGAAAUUCAGUCACCUCGCUCUAAAUGGCUAUACCUACUUGGUUAAUAAAAAUGGAGAACAAGUAGUCCUCGGGAUGUCAUUAGACUACAACUCCCAUCAUCCCUGGUAAUGAUAAUGGAUGCUGAGCUGAUGAAAGUUGGAGUCCAACUUCCUCUCGGGGGCUAUAGGUUUCCAUAACUGCUUCUACGCCAACACAACCAACGAUCCUUGAACACCCAUCCCUCAGUUCACUUCACUUUCUGAUUUGCUUUAUAUGCUAGAGGUGAUGUGGACAUGUUUUGUCAGGAGCUGGCUCCCUGACAAGUGUACAAAAAUAGCAUAAACUAAGGCUUAAGACAGCAAAGUGAACUUGCUGCCUUAGGGUAAAUGCAUGUUAUUGUUGGCAGCUGUAACAUUUGGGAAGAGUUGUUUGAGAAUCAAAUUUGGAUAUAGUAGCAGCAUUCCUUGCCAGGGAGAUGGUCCAAGCAGUUACAUACCUGUGAAUUCUAGAUUCAGGUAGGUAGCCGUGUUGGUCUGUCACAGUAGAAAUAAAUUAAAAAAUUGUCCAGUAGCAGCUUAAGAGACCAACUAAGUUUGUUCUGGGUACUGUAUAAGCUUUUGUGUGCAUGCACACUUCUUGAGAUACACUGAAACAGAAGUCACCAGACCCUUAUAGAUAAUGGGAGGGUGGGAUGGGUUUUUUUCCAGAAGGGUAGUAGGGGAUGGGUGACUGACUCAAUGGUAAAGCUGUUGACGACUGUUAAUAACUGCAAUUAGUCCUAAAGGAAAAAGCAAGGGAUAGUAUGCAGAUGACCAAAAAUAGCUUUAGCGUGUGUAAUGAGACAAGAAUCCAAUAUCUCUAUUCAGACCAGGUCUCUGAAUGUCAAUUCAUAUACCUAUGAAUUGACAUGUUUUGAAAAGCCCAACUCUAGCUGGAUAUGUAAAUGUUGAAUAACUGUAUUAGGAAUUCUUAGCCUGCAUUGAAAAUUGUAAAGGUGCCUCUAUUCUUCUUUCAGCUCUGUCAUUCCCUUUAUAAGAAACAUUUUAAGAAACCAAUUAUUGCACUUCAAAUAACUUUUGCCUGACUUCAACCUGCCACAAGAUAUUGGGGAUUUUUUUCUAGUUAAGUGUGCACACAGUUAAUUGACUUCUAUAUGCUAGGCUUUGAAUAACAAUUUCUCUCAGCCUUGAAUUAGUUUAAGGCUACAGUGGUACCUUGGUUUUCAAACGUAAUCUGUUCCGGAAGACCGUUCGACUUCUGAAACGUUCGAAAACUGAAAGCGGAAGCCUCAAUUCAAUAGGGAAACUCAAAACGGAAGCUGUGUAGUAUGUUCGGCUUCCAAAAAUUAUUUGAAAACCGAAGCAGUUACUUCCGGGUUUUUGGCAUUAAGGUUCCGAAACGUUCGCCAAUGGAGACAUUCAAGAACCGAGGUUCUACUGUAUUUCAUUAAGGUUCAUUCUAACAUCUUGUCCACACCUUCACAGGUUGGUGGCUACUGGGUUCAGUCUUCUCAGUUGUGGCACCCACAAUUCUACUAUCCUAAGGCAUGAUUAGAAUUUUAGGAUACCCUCCCCAGGCAGAUCCAUCUGCCACUUAACAUAUAUGGCACCAAUUUAAAACUAUUUCAUUCUCCGAGGCCUUGACAGUGGGUGCAUUUUGAAUUUAUUAUUUUGUUGUUGCAUGUAUUUAAGUUUAUCAAUUGUUUCUGGUCCUGUUUUCUUUCUGAUUGCCAUUUUCCUAAUUAUUAUAAUGGAUGUAUUUUAACACUUGACUAUAACCCACACUUGGAGAGGCAGCUCAAAAGUUGGAAAGCCAAGGCAAAUAUAUUUUAAAUAAAUAAUUUCUCAACCAUCACAGGCAUGGAAUCUGCUGGCAUUCAUGAAACCACCUAUAACAGCAUCAUGAAGUGUGACAUUGAUAUCAGAAAAGACCUCUAUGCAAACAAUGUACUAUCUGGUGGAACCACUAUGUACCCUGGCAUUGCAGACCGAAUGCAAAAGGAGAUCACUGCCCUGGCACCCAGCACUAUGAAAAUCAAGGUACUGCAUUAUUUGAUUAUUAUCUAAUUUAUAGUGGCAAAGUAGGCCAGCAUAUUUUAAGGUGACUAGCUAGCUUACAUAUUUUAAUGUAACUAAGAUAAGCCAGACAGGGAUAUGUAAAGCCCUUAAUAAAAUCUUGAUGCAGAAAAGAUUAAAGCUAACUAAACAACUUAUCCCACUCCCAAGCCAAUAUAGGGAAAGACUGAAGAAAGUAGAAGACCAAGCAGAGGGGAUUCCCAGCAGCACAGUGAUUCUAGGGCGAGUUUACACCAUUUAAAAAAAAAUAUUGCAAGAAAAUAUAAUUAGAUUAUUUUAUGAUGAUACUAUGGUUAAGCUCCUGUAAGUACCCUGGUGAUCUUCCCCAAGGUUUUGCAGGAAAUCACCCACCCAAUUUAAACUGCCUUUAAAAACAGGGCAAAAUAUAAAUCUGAUCACGUAAGAGUGCUUUUGCAAGAAUACUGAAUUGCCCCAGGUGAACGAAACCCAGUGUUUACUUUUCUCCUGUCAAAAACGAUUGCAUAAGCACUUAUUUAGAUAGGAAGACUUUAGAAGCAGCUCUUACCUGCUUGUGUCAGAUACACAAGUAUGGACAGAUAAAACUCUUUUGUUUACCCAUUUUUGCCAUAGGAAUGGCUUGCAUCACUCCACUGAAUUAAAUUUCUUCAUGCAGUUCAUUUUAUCAUUGCAUACAGCAUUUUAGCUACAUCCAUUUCUCUUUUGUACAGAUUAUUGCUCCCCCUGAACGCAAGUACUCCGUUUGGAUUGGUGGUUCUAUCCUUGCCUCUCUUUCCACCUUCCAGCAAAUGUGGAUCAGCAAACAAGAAUAUGAUGAAGCUGGUCCAUCUAUUGUUCACCGCAAAUGCUUUUAA